CCUUUUUUUUCUACUAGUUUCCAAUUUCCUGCAUUGUAACUGAAAACCAUCGAGUAUAGAAGUUAUGGAAGUUGCUGUCAUUUCAGUGGAAAGCAUUAAACCUUCUUCACCUGUUCAUCAUCUGAAACCUUUCAAGCUCUGCCUUCUAGAUCAGCUUACUCCCGCAUCCUAUUCCCCACUCAUUCUCUUCUACCCCACCAACGAUGCUCAUUUGAAAAGCACCCAAAUCUUAACUCAGCUAAAAUGGACACUGUCAAAGACUCUAACUCCCUUCUACCCUCUCUCUGGAAGGGUGAAGGACAAUUUCGUCAUCCAUAACUACGAAGAGGGUGUUCCUUUUAUCGAAGCUCGAGUAAAGGGUCAUUUAUCUGAUUUCCUUCAACACCCUCAAAUGGAGUUACUUAACCAAUUCCUUCCAUGCCAAUCCUUUUGCCAACAACCAAAUCCAACGGUCGCACAAGCAGCUGUGCAAGUGAACAUGUUCGAUUGUGGUGGAUUUGCGCUUGGUAUGUGCUUCUCACACAAGAUCAAUGAUGGAAUUACCGGGAGUUCCUUCAUUAAAAGCUGGGCAGCCAAUGCAAGAGGCUCCGCUAAUGAAGCUAUACAUCCUAAUUUAUCUGAUGCUUCAUCGCUCUUUCCUCCUCAAGAAUCAUUACCUUCUCACUACACAUCAUUAAUGGAAAGCCUCUGGUUUAGCAAACGAAGAUUCAGGACUAGAAGAUUCGUGUUUGACGCCAAUGCAGUAGCUACCCUGUCAGCCAAAGGAAGAAGUAAACUCAUACAGAGCCCAACUCGGGUUGAAGGAUUGUGUGCUUUCAUUUGGAGAUCUUGCAUGAAUGCUUGUAGAUCAAUAUCAGGUUCCACAAGGCCAUCUGUUAUGUCUCAAGCUGUGAACAUAAGAAGACUAACAAAACCACGCCUGUCAAGAUAUUCCAUAGGAAAUCUUGUUUGGUCUGCAAUCGCUAGCUAUGACCCAGAUGAGACAGAGAUGAGGAUGCAAGAACUAGUGGCCCUAGUAAGAGAAGGUGUUGGAAGAAUCAAUAGUGAGUACCUAAAGAAACUAUCUGGAGAGGGGUGUACUGCCAUUUAUGAGCACCUAAACAGACUAGCAGAGAUGGCCAGUGAAAACCCAGAUGUAUUCAGCUUCUUUAGUUGGCAUACAUUUGAUUUCAGUGAAAUUGAUUUCGGGUGGGGAAAGCCCAUUUGGGUUGGCAUAUUUGGAAAGGCUAGGAGAGAUAGUCCAUGUGACUCCAAUUUCAUAAUUUUGAAAGAUAUUGGAAAGAACAACGGAAUAGAAGCAUGGAUGACAUUAGAUGAGAACAUAAUGGCCAUAUUAGAACAUGAUCUUGAGUUCCUUGCAUUUGCUUCUCUAAAUCCUUGUAUAGUGAUGGAAACAAAUAAAGUGUUUUGUAGCUUGGAAGAGUAAAAAACAAAAAGUAUGUCCCAAAUCAUUAUAAUUUGUAGUAAUUUAUUUGGCCCAUCUGGUUUAGGAA